UUUCUUAAAUUCACUAAAUUUCCCUCGAUAAUUAUAUUUUAUUUUGAUGUUAGAGAGGAAGUGUGCUUGCUUUAAUCUUACUUGCUUGACCGUAGCGGAAGUGAGCGACUAAACCGGCGAUUACGGAAAUAACUGCUUAGCCACAAUCAAAUAAAUAAAGGAUUAAUAUCGAGUCAUCACCUGGUGUAACCCCGUCUCACUGUCCACAAUGUCCAGGCAAUCCAACCGAACAACAGACAGCAAGAAGAUGAACUCUGAGCUGUUCACGCUGACUUACGGUGCUCUGGUCACCCAGCUCUGCAAAGACUAUGAGAACGACGAGGAAGUCAAUAAACAGUUGGACAAGAUGGGUUAUAACAUCGGUGUGCGUCUGAUAGAAGACUUCCUGGCACGCUCCAGCAUCGGCAGGUGUCAGGAUUUCCGAGAAACAGCCGAUGUCAUUGCUAAGGUUGCGUUUAAGAUGUACCUGGGAGUCACCCCCAGUGUGACCAACUGGAGCCCAGCGGGAGACGAAUUCUCCCUCAUCCUAGAGAAUAACCCGCUGGUUGACUUUGUGGAGCUGCCCGAUAACCACAGCACACUGAUCUACUCCAACCUACUGUGUGGGGUCCUCAGAGGAGCCCUGGAGAUGGUCCAGAUGGCGGUGGAUGUGAGAUUUGCCCAAGACACUCUGAGAGGGGACAACGUGACAGAAAUCCGCAUGAAGUUCAUCAAGAGGAUUGAAGAAAACCUCCCAGCAGGAGACGAGUGAUGGAAACACUUUCAUCAAGUUCUUUGUUUAAUUUCAGGAGGAUUAAGUUAUGCACGGAAAAACACUUCAAACACAGACUGAAAGGAUGAAGGAACUGAACUCGAAACAUUGAUCGUGUUAAGUCUCAAUAGCGCAACAUAUAUUUUCUUUCCUUGCAACCCUGUAUGUUUGAGAGUUGGAAUAUUUGAUAUAAACAGCAGAGUAUUGAUUACUCACUCAAGAGUCAUGGCUGAAAUUGAGACACUUCCUCAAUUCCACCUAUCUUCAUCUUCUGUUAUCUUUUCUAUCUGUUGUGAGGAGUUGAUGUGAUGAAGACUAUUGUGAUUCAUCCAGGUGAAAAGGAACACUAUUGAAACACAACACAAUAACAUGGCCUUGCUACCUUGAAUAAUUUGUGGAUUUAAAAAAAAUCUCAGCACUGAUAUGUGGUCCAGUUUAAGGGGAAAAGUUUCUUCAUUUUGCAGGCUCUUCAAUUUUAUACUUAUUUCCUGGGGGUAUUCUGUGUAAUCUGGCAGAAUUUAAUGGUAAAUUGUGAGGACAUUAUACAGAAAAGGGCACAGUUUGGUACAAAUUAUGAAAGAGACCCAAAAAAAGUGUUAAUUUGCAAAAAGAAAUACACACAUAUCAACAUAUUAGUCUUUCUUAAAACUAAUGAGAACAUUCCCUAAAUUACUCACAUAACUAAAAGAAAUGACUUCAGUAUGAACAGUUACACAGCAGCUACAUGAUUAAAAAUGUCCUAGAAAUUAGCAGGAAAGUCAGUAAAAUAAAUUGUUGAUACUGUGUAAACUAAUUUUAAUGAAAUAAUCUAAUAUGUUUAUAUGUUGUUUGACACGCACAACUACACACUGAAGUAUUUCCUGCUGUUUAACAUUUUUAAAGAGCCUAAUUUAUCCAAUAUUUUUGCAAAGUAACAUCUACAGACUGCAAACUGUGUCUUACCUUUAUAUACCUGCAAAUUACACAGAAAAUUUCCAUGAAAUUAGUAUGUGUUUAAAUGACAGUUGUCACUAUAGAGGGGGAAAUAAUAUCCAUUACUUUUGAUCUGUCACCCACCCACAUGGAAAGUUUUUUUCUUUAAUUCAUAUUAAAGUUUGUCUUGUAUCUUGACAAAAUUAUGCGUUUUCAUUUUGACAUGUACCAACUGUUGGUGCAAGGAUGGAAUACCUAAUGUACAUCAAAAUGUUUUUAUGUUUGUUUUUAUGUUUUCUUUUUGUUUUAGUUUUUUCUUUAAAAAAAAAAAUGAAGUCACAUUCUAUAUUGCUGCCAAUUGUCUGGCAUGUUAAAUUAAUGCAGAUGUCAAAUAAAUGUGACAU